AUGAAGUCUCCACGAUGUAGGAAUUGUACCAAGGUUGCCAUGUUUCCAACCAAGACAACUGUCCCGGAAGAGGUGUUCGUAUUUAGAGAGGUUUUAGUAAGGAGUUUUUGAUAAAAAUUACAUAACCAAAAACUCAUCUAGUGGGAGGCAAAUUUUGCAAGUGCCUGGUCAAGGAAUUCUACCAGGGACCACUGAGAAAUAAAUCCAGCUAGCGCUCAGCUUGCUGCUGGACUGACUUUAGUAUCGAGUAUAUUCAAUUUAUUUUAACUUCCACGGAGCUAACUGCUUGUUUGUGUAUGUCUGUCCAGCCGGCAAUAUGAAAGAUUCACUUGAUAUGGUCUGUCGGAUUUCAGCAGGCAUAAUUUUGAGCAUUUUUUGGAAUUAGAGUGACUACGGUGGCAACGUUUUACACUUUAAAGAAUGCUGUCACUCAUACCUUGUACCACUCGAAACUGAAGUGUUUAUAGCCAUGGAAAUACACUAAGGGGCUGUCCACACUUGUUACUCGGGAACCAGUGCCUGGGUAGAGUUACAAAAUGCUACCGAUAUGUGAAGUCUUGUGUUCAUAGUUACUCUCUUUCGCCUUGCCGAACACCGUUUUGAAACAUAAGCUUAGCAACGAAUACAAAGCAGUGGACUGCCGAAGAACUAACAAAAACGAUUUGCACACAGGGACUCGGUACCCACUUUUUUGCCCGAGUACACUGAAGGUCUCGAAAGUGCCCGAAUUCUAGCGUGGCUACUUGACUAAAGGGUGUGUUCACAUUAGUGCCCAUGCCCAGUGAGUACCGCACUCGGGUACCGUGCCCUAGCACCAAGUGUGAUCGCUGCCUAACAUGCAGUGGCCUUCUGUUGCAAAAGGUACUAUGCCACUCACAGAACUCCCAGUUUAUUUGAUACUGUUUGAUAUUAAGGAAGGGAAGGAAUGAAUUGACUGAAACAUGGAAAAUUCGCGCAGUCUUGUUUCCGUUUGACGGCAGUGUUAUUCGUUAUAGUCACGGCCCAGAUCCCUUUUCCUUUCCGUCUGAUACUUGAAUGGUGUUGAAUCUCAUGCAAAGUUUUUAGUAAUGUUUAUUAUAUACGUACUGCAAGUCAUGAUAGAUGUUCACACCUUUUCUUGGAAAGCCAAUGAGGCGCAACAUAACCUUUUAGACCUCUUGGCAGCGUAAUAAAAUAAAGAAACAAAGAGAUUAGAUCAAGCUUAAAUUUGUCUCUUACAAAAGUUUAAACAACAUGGAAAAUUGUAAAAAGGUCGACCUAGAAAGUGGCCGCUUCCACUCAACAGAAGUGGUCGUUUAUUAGAGAUACCAACUAUAACAAGGCUUUGAUUGGAAAAUAUUUUGUGUUAUGGAAAGCAAUGAAUGAUCAUAAUUUGAGGAUGAAAUAAUCGAGGGAAAAGAAAGAAUUUCCCAUAGAAAAACAGACAUUAGAGUGAAUUUCGUAUUCCUAAGACUGUCCAUUAAAAUUCUCAAAGUCAAGUAAAAUUGAUGUUAAUCAGAUGUUAAGAACAAUGUCCUCUAGUACGCAUUUUGAAACAAGAAAAGCAGAUCUGAAAGUCUCUUCCCUCAGUCAAUGUUUCAAAUAAGCGAUUUCUUAACAACAUCUUGGUUGCAGGUUUUUGCCAGGAGUGCUUCAAACAUGGUGAACGAACAGACGUAGCCCAUCAUAAACACUCAAAUUGUUAUUAAUUACUGUUGUUGUUUGAUUGAGUUUCCCCACUUUCCCGAUUUCGGAUCCAACCUGUUUCCCCAGACCAGUGGCCCUCGUAAUGGGGACUCCUAUAUGAAGUAGACGGGGAUACUCAACCAAAAAGCCAAUCAGGGCGUGGCUCAAGCUUGCCCCUAUAAAAAGGAAACCAUAAAUGCGCCUUUUCCCGACGCAUUUGUCUCGCGAUCCUCUCUCUCUUCGCGCUUGACUUCCUUCGCCUAAAAAACGCGAAAAAAAGACAAAAUAAAAUAAAUAACGCGUCAGUUUUCCGUAGGCUAUGCUCUAACAUAAUAUCAGGGCAUUUGUUUCUGGCAUAACUUUAUCGGCUUUCCAACAUAAACGCUCUAAGAAAAAACAAACUCUGUAAUUUCUACUCCUAUACAAGACGACGAGCAUCCCCGUAAAUUUCAAAUAUCGGAGUCCACCCCGGCCGCAGAUCGGGCCUACGUUUGCUUUAGAAGGGGAAGGCCUCCUCGGUGUGAUAACAGUCAGUCAGCCCACAGGUGGCCCAAGCGUAAUAUGGGCCACCUGUGGCGUAAUAUGAGAGUUUGUAUGGGAAAAAUAGAGUUUGAAACUUAGAUGAAAUAAAUGAAGUAAAACCGAUAAAAGUUAUCAAUAAAGUGUAAAUAUUGUUACCUGGAGUCGUUGUCUUUGUUUUCACGAAGUUUCAGCGCGAUUUGAGUACUUUUACAUCAUCUGACCUGACUGUGUAAUAAUAAGAGAGCUUUAUUGAUAACUUUUAUCGUUUUACUUCAUUUAUUUCAUCUAAGUUUCAAACUCUGAUUUUCCCAUACAAACUCUCAUAUUACGCCACUGGUGGCCCAUAUUACGCUUGGGCCACCUGUGGUCAGCCAUGCAUGCAAACGAGUUAUCACUUUUGCUUUUAACAGAUCGCAGAAAAGUCUAAAGAAUCAUCACUAAGCCCCGCAACAGAGUUACAGAACGAUGUGAAGAGUAGUAAGAUAAAAAUAGGUGAAGUAUCACCGGAGCAAGAGGAUGACGUAAGUGAUAUCCUGGAAACUCCUCCCCAACAACAGCAACGCAAAGCUAAAUCGACUAUGGUCAAGAUGGCUCUUUUGGCACCGCUAUGCCUUAUCAAUCUCAUAGUGUUUGGGGCUUUCUCAGUGCUAUCGCCGUUCUUUUCUAAAGAGGUAUAUAAAAGAGCUUGUAAGUUUUACGUACCGCGGUUUGUGUGAAAAAUCGUUUUUGAUCUCCCUUGAAUUGAUUGGCUUCAAAGGUGCGACAAAGUUGGGCUGAACCACCUAGACUUCAUAACAGAGGUCCUCGAAUGUGCUGGUGACAAUCUGCUACUGCGCCCACCAAGGUCCAAACCUUUGAACAGGGUCAGAAAAAAAUUCAAUUUUUUUUUAAAAAUAAUUUUUGUGGAAUUUGGUUGAAAAUUACAAAAAAAGUCGCUGAAUUCGCUUUCCCACACAUAUAUAACUUGCAUAGUUCAGGAUAAGUAACAUAAGUUUUUCAACACAAACACUGGUUUAUCCCCAAGUACUGGUUACGAUAAAAACAACAACAGUUAACAAUUAAAUAACGAACCUAUUUCCUAUGCAGGAAUAAAAGGUGAAGCCAAAUUUUGACUCUACUGAACACUCUUAUUUUAGGCCCAGCGCAGAGGAGCAACGGGUUCUGUGGUUGGAUUUAUUUUUGGAAGUUAUCCACUUAUGAUUGUCCUUUCUUCCCCAAUUUUUGGACGCCUGGUAAGUAAUGAUCAACCCAGUGGGAUCACUGUUUCCCUGUUUUACUGUGUGUGUAACUAGUCUAAUUGAAAACUGCACCUGAAUUAAAUUCCAUAAGUGACUUUUAAUGGACAAGGUGGAGGAUCUGCCCCACUGUUAACCCCAAUUCCGAAAUCUGAGAAAUCUGGAAUCCUGAAAUCUGCAAUCCAGCUCAAGGAAUCCGGAAUCCCGCUAAAGAUUGAAAUCCGGAGUCCAAGUUCCACUGACAAGCAGUCCGGAAUGGAACUCCGCAAUCUACAGUGUGUCUCGGAUUACUUUAUAUGGGGUACAGGCAAAAGGAUGCUUGGGAUUUCUUCACAAAUAGGUUGCUCUCCUUAGGUACGACAUGUAAAGGUUGCACUUGAUGCUGGUCUAAAACGCUUUUUGAGCGGCCGAUUAUAUGGCGAAUUUCAGACCGGAAGCAAUGUUUAAAAUUGGGCGGAAAAAUUUGCAGGAAAAUUUUCCACAUUCAAAACUAAAGCAGUACACACUGCUCAAGUUCAUAUUUGAAGAUGAAAGUGAUUACAUGGAGUUUCUUUAGGUCGUUUGACCAGGCUGAAUUUUGGGCAACCCUUCUUCUACUCAGGUUUCCUGUGUCAUUAUUCAUCCACCCUAGCCUCUUCACCAAAGGAUGCGGUUUUUAUGGCAUCUAAGUGUGUUGGAUAUAUUAUACUACUACAUAAGGAAAUUUCUGUAAUUUGAUUGGCUUAGAGCAGUGUUAUUUCAGCUUAAUUUGAAAUACCUACAUGGGAAAUUACAAACCUUUUGCGGGUAGUAGUAUAAACAAAUAAUAGCAUGAUUUGUACAAGAUGUUUGGCAUAAAUACCAGUCGUGAUAUUUCAAAAUGGUCUCAAAUUUCACUUGCCUAACGGCUCGUGAAAUUAAGUAUAACCAUUUUGAAAUACCACUCGUGGCAUUUAUGCCAAAUAUCACUACAAAUCAUGCUAUUACCUAUACUAAUUUGCUCUUAAGCAACGAUAUUUUUUUCCCUUUUUGCCUGCCCUGAAGGUUUCUCAAUUUUUUUAUGACUUUAUUAAGGUGACCCGAGUGAUUCCCUAUGUCUAGCCUGCAUACAGACGUUAUUCUAUUUAUUUAUUUAUUCAUUUUCGUUUUUCAGCAGAGCGAAGACAAGCGCAAAGCAAGCAACGAACGCCUGACGCGCGCGACGGGCAACACGCGCAGAACAAGCGUCGUGCGUCUCUGGCGCUCCCUCGUCUCGCUUCGCGCUUCCCUUCGCUCGCCUGAAAAACGCGGAAAAGUAACGCCUGUUAUGCAGGGUACCUUGUGUUAGUCUCAAAACCUGUUAGAUGCCUGCUAAAUGGAGCCAAGAAAAAAUGGAGCUUGAAAAGUGGGAAACGGUAACAUUCGUCGUAUGAGGUCUUUAUUGUAUUAACAAUGAUCAUUUUUAUAGUUUCAAAACACAUAAAGCGCGGUAUUUCUUUAAUGACAUGAAGAAGAAUCAUGGGAAUUUGGGUUGUUCACACUCAACGUUUAUCAUCUUUUUGUCCGACAUAUAUAGAUCCAGUAUAAUGUGAACACUCACUACACAAAACGGCGUAAACAAGGCCUACGCCCAAACUCCUAUCAAGCGCUUAACACAGUUAGAGGUUAACAGGCAUAGUAAGAUUUAUAUAUACCGCUUUCUACAGGUGGCCAAAUAUGGUCCUCGUCGUGUUCUUGUAGCCGGUAUUAUUGUUGGCAGCUCGUCUCUGAGCUUAUUUGGGUAAGUUACUAUCACCGAAAUUUAUGGUAACAGUAGCGAGAUAGAAAGUGACAGGAAUUCUGCGCGAUAUGAAAUAACUGUUUUCUGAAGUUUCUGAAGAUGGGAUUAAACAUGAACGCUAACUUCAGGCCGGCGACUUAAAAAAGAGACACAAACGUUUUUCGGUGGGAGGGGAGACGUUGAAUUCGUGAAAUAUUAAUAAAAGAACUAAGAAUAAACAGUGAAAAAAGAGAAAAACUUCAAACAGGGAAAACUACAGGGGAAAGACCGCAUAAAAUGUAAGGGGCACUUCUAUACGAGCUCAGCCCGUAAACUUUGCCAGGGAAUCGAAUCACGCCUCCCAACUUAAAACUAAAAGCUAAAAAAAAAAAUGUACGAUAGAACUAUUUACAAGCAAAAAAUAGGGAGACACACACAUCUUAGCUAAGAAAGAAUUAAGAAAGACAAAUUUUGAUUGUGCCAUGACUGGAGCGUUUUAAUACUACCACAAACAUUUUUUUAAUUAUCACGCGAAAUAAUGUUGUUCUUCUCACAGACUGGGUGGUUUGACUUCUGAUGCAGUGGCAUUCGUGUCAGUAAGUCUAAGCCUCAGAAUUGUGUCCGCUAUCGCAGCAGCGGCCCUCCUAACGGCCAAAUUUGCCAUAGCAAUGGAAGAGUAUUCCAGCGAGGAAUUGUCAACUGUUGCGGUAUGCAUUAACUGUUUAUUACUUACUUGUUUUUUUAAGCUCAGUAUAUCCUCAAGCUUAAUUUUCAUCCCUUUAUGCGCUUAUAAAGUUGAACAUCCUAAGAUCCAGUCGCCUCGGGGUAGUCUAUGAGCAAAAGAUGAGGGGUGGGGUCCGCUUUCUUUCUCGACACAUGUUCGUUCGUUAGUGAAGGGGUGAAGAGAAACUGCUGAAAUUAACGAACAAAGAAGCUUUGAAUGUGCUCUGUUCUGGUGUAAAGUACGCAGAGCGCAGCUAGAACACGAAAGAAUUGUAGGGGGGAACACGAGACGUAGUCUGGAGACGAGAGUGGUGGAUGAGAGGACAACAGACGUGCCCUCUUUUACCAUACAUUUUUAACAUGUGAACAGUAAACUCGGACGUCAGCAUACAAAGGCGCCAAUGGCAGCCGCUCUCAGUCCAUUUAUGAGCUUACUGUACCCACCCAACCCACGAUGUGAAUGAUGUGAUGUGUGAAGGUUGACCACAACACCAGGGUCUGAGUCCCCUACUCUUUUCGAACAGUGGCGUCGGUUCUUUUACGUCCCACAAGAACCAGAUAAGUGUAAGUGCUGUGAGACGGGACCCACGGUUUUUCGUCCUUAUCGGAGAAGACUAACCGUUUGCAGAUGUCAUUAAAAAGGCAGCACUUUCUUCUCGUUUAUUUAAAGACUCUGAGUGUUGGUCCGGCCGGGGUUCGAACCCGUGACGCCUCCUGCUCAGCAGACUGGCGCUCUCAACUGAGCCAACCAGGCGGCGGUACUUACUUCUUGAGUGCUCUAUCCGCUUCACUAAGUUCACCACAACAGAAACAGAGCGCAGUCCCGGCUUCUUUAUUUGUUUUAUGAUAAAGAAUGCGUUAAAUUCCCCACGAAUUUCUUUCUUAUAUUCAAAACAAACUUGCUUUAGCUCCGUAUUUUAUACUCUCAUAAAGCACGCUUUUUCAACCAAUUAGAGUGCGCGUUAUAUCUGAACUUUACAAUAACGAGUAAUAAAAAUCGUCUUUCCCCACUGCCUUAUGCCUGUUCUCGCGCAUACAGAGAUGAUUAAAGCUGUCUUUGGCAUGUGUAGAAGGAAAUGAUAAGUAUCUUGGCAACAGCUCUUAAACUUUGGUUGAUUCUACCGUAAUAAAAUGCUUAUGCGUACUACUGAAAGUCUUAGCGUCAGCUUUAAAUUCCAAAAUAGCACAUAUUACAAUUUCUCACAUUCACAGGGCAUAAUGGAAAGUUUUACUGGUGCUGGCACUGCUAUCGGCCCCGCAAUUGGAGGAUUUCUUCGGCCGGUAGGUUUAUCUGAUGAAUUGUAUUUGAUUUACGAGUUUGAUAGAGUAACAGUCUCGUAACAGUAGGUCUCGGAGUCUACUACAAAGUUAAAAAAAAAUCAGCAAAACCCCUCGGCCGAGUUGUUAAAAGCUGGGUUAAGAAAACCCAGGGUUAGUGCGAGAUUUGAAAGUUUAAAAAGCGUUUCAGUUUUAAUUCUUUUUGUCUACAAGUUGAUGGUUGGAAGCUCUAAAAAUAACGGAGAAAAUUAUCCGAGAAAAUGCUUUUUGAACACAAGAAAAAGAAACAAGGGUUAAAUUUAACCCCGGGUUAAGCGCUAAUCGGCCUUCGAACAACUGGGCCCUCAGAAUGGGCCCUCAGAAUGAGAUAUACCGUAUUUAUUCGAUUAACCACCCUGGGCGCUUAUUAAAUUUUGGACCUUUAGAGUGGGCGUUUAUUCGAGGUUGGCACUUAUUCGAGGCUGGGCGCUUAUUAAAUUUCAUCGUUUUCAGCAAUAGUGUAAUGUUUAUUUUGCAACAAAACAAUAAAUGGUAAUAACAAAACGCCAAGAUGUAAAUGAUCAAUACUCUGAAGGAAACUUCGUCUUCGGGGAAGUCUUAUUAGUACUUAUUCAUUUAUGGGGGUGGGAGGGGAAGGGGGGUGGGUUUUUGUUGUGGGCGCUUAUUUGAGGUUGAGUGGAAGGGGGAGGGGGUGGGGGCCUAUUCGAGGCUGGGCGCUUAUUAACUUUUUCUGCCUUUAGGAUAGGGCGCUUAUUAGAGGUGGGCGCUAAUUCGAGGUUGGGCGCUUAUUCGAAUAAAUACGGUACAUGUACGUUUACUACAACACUGUCGGGUUUAGGUCUGAUGAUCUUUGCGAAAAGCAGCGGGGGUUCGUUCAAUACGUCCAUUCAAAUUGAUUAGCAAGGAUGAAGGAUAGAUGAUUGAAACGCUUAAUUUCACGUUUCUACUACGUAAUCUGAACUGAAGCUGAUGCAAGGCGUAAGCACAGCCAGCAUAGGCUAAAAAGUUUUUAAAGGGACUUGGUGGGUGGUCCUCCCAAUACUCACGACCUUCCAAUCACCCUCAUGGUCGAAGCUGUUUUCUUUAACGUUCGUCUCUAUGUCUACGGGUCUCCGAUUAACUGAGCCAGCUCGGUGUGGAUAGAAUAGGUUGCUUUUACUGAGCAGUAUUUCCAAUUUAUUUCCAUUUUACCUUUCUUUAGUCUUCCCACGUACUGUCAUAGUAUAAAAAAUUGCUACGCCCUUGGCAAUUGUGAUUUAAAUCAGACCUAGGGCUUAAAGUGUGGCGAGGAGUUGAUUACAUUCUAUCAAUAACUAUAACAAUAUUCUCAAAUCUGAUUGGCUAUCAGCUACCCUGAUAUCAGUAUUAAUAUUACAGUACGCGCUAUACCUAAGUAUUUGGAUAGUACGCGAAUCGCGCACGCGCACUUGAAUGGGUUUUUUCUUCACUUCUAGCAAAAAUCUCUCGAAAUAUCUCGAGUUUUAAGGGACGGACCAUUAGAAAACUUUUUUUGGGGGGGGGGGCGAAAUACAAAAAAAGUAUUCGCGCAAGGGAAAAUUAAAUGAAAAAAAUGCUUGCACGACAAUUAAUCCUACAAAAUAUUCAUGCUGUGGCCUAAAAAAAUUCAUACAAGGAAAUUGAUAACGAAAAAAAUUCCUGCGGCUCGAAAAUUCCCCUCCCCCUCAUAACUUUUCUGAUGGUCCAUCCCUAAUGUUAAAAAAGCUGGAAAUAUCACAAGUUGCGUUAUAGUUAUGAUUAAUUGGCGACAGAAAUUCGUGUCGUCCAAUUCGGUCUGUAAUCAUUCUCGUGAUUAAACAAAUCGAACUCCUGGAACCUGGUCGCCCGAUUUACUAUCUCACUUGUAUGAUCGCAGACCGAAGUGGAAUCCACUCAAUCCUAUUACCAUUAUUAAUCAGUUUCUUCUGUCUGUUCAAUCAGAUUGGUGGUUACAAGCUUCCAUUCAUUGCCAUGGGAUGUCUGAUGUUGUGUACUCUGCCACUUUUCCUCUUAACUUUUCAUUUGAUAGGAACAAAGAACCAAGGUUUGAAAAAAUGUGUUGUAUUCUUUGUUACCGGAGAUAAGCCUUCGUGGCUGUGAUUACUGGAGCUUUGGGGGUUGUAAGCUACGAUUUGCGGCGGUGGCCAGAUCGGGUAUGCGUUAAAUGUCCAUAUUUACGUAUUACAGAAAGGAGCCCCUUGUAGCAAUUGCCAACAUUCUGCCAAGGAUUCUAAGGUUGUGGGUAACCUGCGAGAAAGCUCUUCCAUUUUUCUCCCCGCCCCUAGACCCACCUCCCAAAAGAGCUGCUUGCAGGAUGGUUUGCGGGCUGCCACUUGAUUAAUUAAUAUCAAGAACUAAUGCUGCCAAUCUGAAUGCCUACGCCAAGAGUGACCUAAGUCGAUAAUAAUGAUGAUGAUGAUCAUGACGAUGACGAAGGGAAACAAGAGGAUUUGGAAGGUUUAGUUUAGCUUAAUUUAUAUCUUAGUUGCCAACUAGCAGCCUCGCGAAGACACGAGGCUGCGAGGCGGCAGCAAGCCGUGCGCGAAAGUUCCAACGCAGAAUGAAUCUCGAAGCGAUGUAACAUAAGGUAGUGUAAGGUAACUUUUAUGACGCAAUGAAGUACGGUAAUUCAUGAAAUUUCUAAACAAACUGUACAGCGCCCGCGUUUGGGUAAAAUCUUUUCUCGUUGGCACUUAGUGAUGGCUAUAACUAGUCUAGUAGAUGCAAGCCCUCGAAACAAUAUCUUCAAACAGAAACAGUCGUGGUGUCAUGCAGCCUGUGGCCCAUGUCGCCCCAUAGCACAUGAAAAAGAUGAUUUAUAAGUAAACAACAGAGAUGGAACGAGCCAGGGAAAUGAAUGUUAAGUAUUAAGAAAAGGAGAACAAUUAUAUAACAGAGUAUCAAGACUUUACAUAUUUUUUUGUAAACGGCGAAGGCACUGUGAUUGCUUGAUCUAGCCGUUUAACAAAAGCUUGCAGGCUCGCCCGGUUCCACUGUCUUUUCGCACAAGUUUAAAUCAGAAAAUGAGGCUGCGUUUCAAAAAAGAAAGAAAAGUUAAACAAACUAAAACAAAUACUGAAUGUCUAAAUUUCCCACUUUUUCCCAUGCAUAUUCUGGUGAUUUAGGGCUUUUUAAUUACUCAAUUGAGUUCUUUUGUUUUGAAGCUGUUGCUUGAUGUUUGAUAAGAGCGGACAAAUUAAAAUAAGAUAUUUUUGUUUCAAAUUGUUUAAAUGUAGAAAAGAAAAAACUUUCUGAAGAAGAAUCAGUAUCCACAUGGCAACUCCUCAAGAUACCAGAAGUUUUCAUUGUAGGUAUGUUCCACAUUUUCAUGAACUUUGGACCAGUCUGCGGCCAUAUAAGAUAAUAACAACUAAUACAAUAACUUAUAAACUUAUCCUGAGUCUCAGUGUUAGAAAUAAAAGGAUAUAAGAAUGAUAAAAAGAAAGUAGCUUAUUGUAGGGAUGCUUCCCUGUCAUAAACUUGGACCAGUCUGAAUCUAUACAAGAUAAUAACUAAAAUAAUAACUGUUAAACUUAUCUAGAGUCUCAGUGCUUGAAAUACAUCGAUAUAUAGGAACGAUAUAAGAGAGAAGUUUGUAAUGUACCAACGAAAACCUACAAUAGAAAAGAUCUUUUGAAGAAGAAAUAUUUAACAAUUAUUUUCGAGCCCGAAUGGGCUCUGAGUCAAUAGCCCAUUCGGCCUUCGGCCUCAUGGGCUAUUGACUCCGAGGCCAUACAUGAGGGCGAGAGGAAUAAUUGUUUUAGUAAAAUCCAACUAGUUGGUAAAAAAUAUCGAGAAUAAAAAACUUUUAGCUAGUUAAAGCUAGAUUUUAAUCCUUUUUUGCCGCCAAAAGGCCCGCGCUUUUCGCUACUAAUGGGGGCUAUAACAUAUAGCUUAGUAGUAGCUUAACCAAUCAGAACGCAGCAUUGAUAAUAGACUACUAGUUGGAUUUUACUAAAAUUAUUAUAAACCCGUCUCCCUAAAAUGUACCCAACUGGGUCUGACCAGUAUUCGUUUUAGGCAACUGUCCCGGCGCCUUAUGAGUUUUAGGGAAGUGUCCGUUUUACUGAUAAUCAAAGAAAAUGACUGAAGAACGGCAUGGAACAACUCUAGGUGCCCUUUAAAGCGCCGCGUCCGUCCUUUAUAGCAAUGUGUAACUCGCUAAAGGGAUUUGGGGCUUCUACCAUUAAUAGUCAGUUUUGGUUCCGUCUCUGGACGGAGCUACUAUAAUAGUUCUUGGUUCGGUAUACUGCCUCUUAAAUGUAAUAAGAGUGAAUAGCAUUUAACCAACUGCCUCGCUUAAGUGGAAGGUGGGUGCCUGGGAUACCCAGGGGCUUCCACUGUGGCCAGCCAGCCCCUAGAUAGAAAAACUGCCCCCAUGGCUGGCAAAUCCCCGCAACCCAGCCAUGAGCCCCCAUUCCAGGCACCCGUCACACUGAUCAAACAGUGGAAGGAAGAAAAAUAGGGAUGGGAGGGGGGGAAGACGCUAAAUGAACCGCUCCACAGACCACUGCACAAACGCUCGAUGAACAACUCGCAGAUCCUAGCCAUGUACAAAGCUACCACACACCAUGUGAGCCUGCACUUAUGGGAUUGACCGCUGGAUGCCCGCUACGCUCGUGGGCCGCUUGACCGCUAAGCUUGAAGACCGCUUGACCGCUAAGCUUGUGGACCGCUAGACCGCUUAACUUGUGGACCGCUCAACUGCUAAGCUUGUGAACCGCUUGACCGCUAUGCUUGUGAAUUGCUUGACCGCUAAGCUCGUGGUGGUUAACUUAGUUAAAUUACAUUUAACCAAAUUUAACCAACUGCCUCGCUUAAGUGGAAGGUGGGUGCCUGGGAUACCCAGGGGCUUCCACUGUGGCCAGCCAGCCCCUAGAUAGAAAAACUGCCCCCAUGGCUGGCAAAUCCCCGCAACCCAGCCAUGAGCCCCCAUUCCAAGCCGAAGGGACUCUCCGAGCUGACGCAGCCAGAUCGGAGAGGGGAAAGAGGGGCUCAGGGCUGGGGAAGCCCUGGCCCCGAACUACCCAAGUCCCGAGGCACCCUACAAGGACAACUAGGAAAAGAAAAGAUACGCAAGAAAAUACCUGUCAAGUGAGAAGGCUUGCUACCCCACGAUAGUACUGACGGGAGUGUGAAUAUAGAUCUGAUACGCAUCGCUGGACCAUCUGCCAAGUGUCUUGAUGAGGUGAUCUGGUAAGCCACGAGAGGCUGCUGAAGUAGCAGCGCCAAUGCGGAAGCUAUGACCGGUGUAGCAACCAGUGACCCCAGCAGCGGAGAAGAUAGACUGAAUACUGGAUGUCAGCCAUUGGCGAUGUAGAGGGGUGCCAUCAGAGAGAAGGAAGAGUGGGCCAGGAGUUGAGCCACGGACGUGUAGAUACUGGGUAAGGGCGCGCACAGGGCAGAGAUCACGUUUACCAGCACCAAUGUAAAUAUGGCAACCUUGGCGAAAGGGGUCCGUCUUAGAGCACUUAAUAUGAAUCCUGAAGCUGCUAGGAUUGACUAGGGAAUCUGCUUGGACAUCACUGACAGCAAGGUGGAUGUCAGGAUUGAAGGGAGAGUUGACAGUAAACUCACCAGCACGUAAGAAACCAAAAACCCGAGACAGCAGGCAGCCCAAAAGCAUUGUAUGGUUGGAGUCAGAGAAGUUCAAGGACUGGAAGAUAAUGUGCAUCAGCUCGAUUGUGAUGGGUUGGCGCUGACGCUUAUUUGAGCCUUGGUGACGUUUGAUGCCCCGCAACACCCGCUGUAACCGAAGGCAACCAACCAGCGGAGAAGGAUGACCCUCCUCAAUGUGAAGGGACCGAAUUGCUGAAAGGUAAACCUUUAUGGAUGAAUGGUGAAGAGUAUCAGCAAGAUGACAGCAGAAACGGAUGAGCACGUCUUCACUGGCUGGAAGAGCUGAUCCCGAAGGAGAUAGGCUAUUGUCCUGAGCACAGAAAUCCAAGAAGCGGCGUUGGGCAGAAGCAUAGACUUUCCUAGUGGAGGGAGCAAGACCCUGAGUCAAAUAGAAGUGGUAUUUAUCUGACAGCGAAGAUCCAAGUCCGAGAGGAGCUGCUGCGGAAUCUGGGUUGGAAUGGAGUCUGCAAGAGGAGCUAGCCGGCGAAAACGCUGAAACUGAAAGCGAGACAGGGAGUCAGCAAUGGGGUUAGACUUCCCUCUAACUGGGGAGGCAGUGAAGGAGAAGGAGUGACGAGCUGCCAACAGGGACAGAUAGCGAACCAAGGACAUGAUGGUAGGGGCUCGUGAAGUGCCAGACCGCAAAAUGUCCACCACUGAACGGUUAUCUGAUAGGAAGUUAACCCGUUUGGAGGCCCACUGGGGGCCCCAGAGGUAAGCUGCCACGACGAUAGGGAAAAGUUCCUUGUACUCGAUAGACUGAGAGACCUGUGAUGGGAGCCAUGCACCUGAAAACCAGUGACCCUGGAAGACUGCUCCAUAACCAAGAGCCCCAGAGGCAUCUGAAGAAACCUCGAAGUCAGGAAUUGGAGCCCACUGGGGGUACUGAAGAAAGCUGCAACCAUUCCAAGACUGGAAAAACUCUUGCCACCAGGCUAGGUCAAGAAAGAACUCUUGAUUGAGACGAAUCGGGUGGUCAUCGCGUCGAAAGGCACAUAGUAGGUUAAUCAUUCGGCGCAAGAAUGAGCGACCUUGGGGUACGACUUUGCAGGCAUGCUGAAGGUGACCUAUUAGGGACUCCAGAUCCUUGCGUUUACACCAACGCUUUUGUGACCAAUCUUCCAACAAGGCAGUUAUCCUAUCAAAUUUGUCCUGAGGAAGGCGUGCCAGCAGAUUAAGAGAGUCCAGUUCAAUGCCCAGGAUGGUUAGGCACGUCGACGGCCCUUCUAGUUUGUCUGGAUGGAGGGGGAUGCCAAGCUUAGAAAAACAGUCAAUUGACCUGUCCAGAUUAUGUUGACAAACAGAGGAGCCGGGAGGGCCAAGAGUGUGGAAGUCAUCAAGGUAAUGCAUCAGGAAGGUGACAUCGUAGUUUUGCUUGGCCACCCACUCCACUAAGUCUGCUAUACAUGUGAAGAUAUAUGGAGCUGACCUGACACCAAAAGGCAGGACCAUAUCAACAUAAAAGGCACCACGCCAUUUCAUACCCAGCAACUGGCGAUCUUCUGUAUGGACUGGCACAAUACGGUAUGCAUUUUGCACGUCAAAUUUCGCCAUGAGGGAACCCCGCCCCAGCCGCAUUAUGCCUGCAAUAAUGUCAUCUACCUUCAUGUACUGCAGAGAAUAAUCCUCGCCCGCAAUUCCGUCGUUGACACUGUGCCCCGCAGGGCUAGACAGGUCCAGGAUAAGACGCCAUUUGCCAGGUUGGUGGCGUUUGGGGAUGACGCCGAAACGACUCACGUGGAGGACAGGGAGGGGAGGCUGGGAGAAGGGGCCCGCCACCCUGCCUGACUGAACUUCCGACUGCAAGUAAUUGUCAAUGACCUGAGGGUUCAGGAGUGCUGAAGCCAUAUUCCCUGUUGCCGACUUCAGGGAAGUACUGUAAUUGAAACCUAGGUGAAAACCAUCGCGAAGGCCUUGGACCACAUAUGCAACUUUGUCGGGGUUAGGAUGAUGACAGAGUUCAUGCUGGAAUCUAUCCACAUUGAUGGGAGUAAGCUGAGAAACUGGUCUUAACGGACAAACAGCUGGAGAACACAACGAAGAACUGGAACUUGGCAGACCCUGCUGCUGAGAAGGUAACACAAAAGGAGAACGCAACUCUAACGCUGAAAAAUUACCAUGAGAACCAACGUGAACAGGAACAAAACUAUUUACAGUUGAAUUGGCUAGAGGUUGCCUAGCGACGGCGGAGACCCCCUUUGACUGAGAAGGGAGCGGGACCGUUCUCUCCGCGCGGACCGGUGAGGGCAGUGGAUGCGGGGUGGUCCCCGUGGCACGAUUCACAGGAGUGACGAAACCGACAGCGACCAAAGGGCCAGCGACAGCGCCCGUCGUUCCAGGAGUGGCAAUACUGGCUAGACCGGGGAUUGCCUGAAGACCCAAGAGGCUCUGAUAGUGAUGAGGCAGAGGAAGUUGAGGAGCCUGAAGCAGUUGAGGUGGUCACUGGAGAUCUGGUGUGAAAGUUGUAGAGGUCUGGGUGCAUGCGAGACCAGUCGGUUGAACCUGAGGCUGCGGCUUCUUUUCGGAAGGCGAUGUCGUAGUGGAGCCACGAUUUGUCAGAAAAAGCGCCUUGCUGUCUGGAUGAUGAGUAACUUGUACUGAUUUAAAUCUUUCCAGCGAGAGGGGAGGUGUGGCAAAGAAUCAUAGAAAAGAUUGUGAAGGCUUCAAUCCAGGUGAUGAUGUCUGCUAUUUCAAUGACCCGUUUCUUCGACCCUGAUACCACCAGUUUUCCCUCCAAAAACGCUUGGGGUUCGAUUUCUUGAGCUCUGAUGUUGUCCGGAAGGAGGUCAGCCAAGUCUACAAAAAAGCCCUGCGGUAAUUUUAGAAACAAGCUUAAAGGGGACUGGAGCAUAGCCAGGGCCCACCACAAAUGCUUUAUUGAGGUUUGGAAGCGUAGAGGACUCGGUUCCGGUCGCGCCACCACAAGAGCCCCCAACCACUACAGGCAAGUUGGCGGAGGACGUGGCGGGAAGAGAGGAGACUACCGAAGGACCGCCAAAUGAGCUGUACGUUGAAAUAAAUGAGGGCACAACAAGCGUACCUGAAGACUGGGAGGUAGAGCUAGGGGUACUGGAGCUAGAGGAUGCCGGAGACUGCGUAGAAGUCGAAGUCGAGGAGAGAGGUAUAGACGCCGCGGCCGUGUUCGAGUUCCCGCCACUGGAAUCUCGAAGGGAAGAUAGCAGCGGAGGGAGCGAUUCCGCGAGAGCUCUUGAAAUUGCCUGGGCUAGCGCGUUGGUGUCCGGCAGGGAAACAGGUUGACUUGGCGGAGAAGCCGAGGUGUUAACUGUAGGAGCUGGGGUAGAACCGCUAGAAGAAGGCGAAGACGCGGUAACCGGGGAAGACAUCGUUGACAGGCUGUUGUUCGUGGUACGCAUCCUGAACGAACGUGACGACCCGCACGCUUUGAAAAAUAAAUGAAAGAAAAAAGGAUACAAGAAAAAGCACACUGUAAGACUGACGCUCCAAAGAUCGCUAAAAAGGCGAAAGACGCUAAAUGAACCGCUCCACAGACCACUGCACAAACGCUCGAUGAACAACUCGCAGAUCCUAGCCAUGUACAAAGCUACCACACACCAUGUGAGCCUGCACUUAUGGGAUUGACCGCUGGAUGCCCGCUACGCUCGUGGGCCGCUUGACCGCUAAGCUUGUAGACCGCUUGACCGCUAAGCUUGUGGACCGCUAGACCGCUUAACUUGUGGACCGCUCAACUGCUAAGCUUGUGAACCGCUUGACCGCUAUGCUUGUGAAUUGCUUGACCGCUAAGCUCGUGGUGGUUAACUUAGUUAAAUUACAUUUAACCAAAUUAAAAGUCAUAGCUAUUAUCCUAAAAGACAUUAUGCAUUUUGCUGCCAUAAUUCGCAAAGGCAAAGAAUGGUUGUGAUGCAUUCUCUCUGGUUGUGAUGUGGUUAAGACACACAAAACAACAUUACAUUUCCUGCCUCUCAUGAACAUUAAGUUAUUGCCUUAAACUUUAGCGGUGGCGUUUGACGCUUCAACUAACUAUAAUAAGCGUACCAGCUAUAAGAGUUUCACAAUUCUAUCUAGGGUGUUUGAGAAGCUUUUUAUGGAGAAAUUGUCGUAUGUGUUUACCCAAUAUUUUGCUUCCAGUGUUCAUGUUCGCUUUUAUUUUUCACUGCCGCUCAUUUUCACCUCGCUGGCCGCAAGCAUCUCUCAUUUUCUCACCGCCGCUUUAAAUUUCCACGUUUUUCUUCCAACGAAUUUUCAAUAGCUCGCUUUAGCUCUUUCUCUGUUAUCCACGUUAGUGUACACAUAAAAAAUAACGCCGAAAAAGACACGACUUUUUUCUUUGUAAAAGUCCGGGCGGCCAUGUGAUUUCCUUCCAAAUAACCUUGAGUUGCAUUUGGGUUCCCAUACCUGUUGAUUGAGUUAUUUUACAUUGGUAUGCCUGUGGUGCGGACGGACGGUCGCUCGCUCGCUCGGUGUACGGUCACGUGAUUACCAAAUUUUCUGGGAUGGGUAGACUACCACAUUUCCUUAGCUAUGGGGCUCCGCCCACGCGCGCGCUUCGCGCUCCGCUAUAAGUAACUAUAUUGGAAAAUCAUCCAGACGCGACGAGGUCAGUGCGCAUGAAGUAAGUAUUCCAUGUCUAAGGUCACUAUAUUGCAAAGAAUAUGAUCACGACUAAAAAACAAAAUAAAAUACCACUGUAACAUUUCUCAAAAUUGUGUCUGAAAAUGCACCAGAUUGAAUCUCAGCGCAUAUUCAUUAUAAAACAUUUCCGGUGGGGGGGGGGGGGUAUGCCCCCGGAUCCCGCUAGGAAGCUUGUGGCAUUCGGCCACUCGGGUACCCUGAGCUAUAAGGUGAUAAGGCUUUUAAUUUGGGAUUAUUUUGUCUUAUCACUGGCAGCUAUGUGUUAUUCUACGGCUGGUACUACUUAUAGCUUCUUUGAUCCAGUUUUGGGACCUCACCUACAAUCGGUAAGAUUUUAUAAUAAUAAUAAUAAUAAUAAUAAUAAUAACACUCAGUAAUGAUAAUAUAACAACGGUUUAUUAGCAUUCCGUUAAAAUGGUUCAGCUAUGCUACAGUACUAACUAUUGACACUAACUACAACUAUGAAAAAAAAGUAGAACUCUAAUUUUCAUAAAUACGUACUGUAAAAAAGGGGGACACACACUAAACUUGCUAAGGGCUACGUAAACCAAAUUGAAUAUGAAAUUCACUUUCUCUUCCACUCUUAGCAAUAUUUAACACUUACAAAUGAUUCUUUUCAUCAAAUAAAAACAUAUUUUGCAAACUUUAAGCAAAUUAUCACUUUAGAAUGAUGACACUUGAUUUUUACUAGAAGUGAACUUUUUUUAGUCCCUACCCUUUUUGCAGAACUGUAAUUACUUAUAGUCAUGCAAAUAAAGGUUUGUUGUUGUUGUAAUGUUUUUAACACAAAUUUAGAAAAAAUAACAGUUUAAAAAUUCCUUUUCUCUCGCCCCCUUCUUCUAUUAAAAAGUAGAAAAAGGCUUUUAUAGUCACUUUUCUUAAACUGAGCUACGGGGCUACAUUUUAUGUAUUGGUGUCUUAAAAGUAAUAUCGCUUAUAUGACUCACCCUUAGUUAAGGAUAUACUUAUGUCAAUUAAAUUGGUUAGGCACAGUGCUGGUGUGAUACCACUUUCGUAACGUCUCCGACACCGAAAUCAAGUUUAGUACCCAUUUAAAAGUGAUGUCUGUUUUUGUACCUUAAAAUUUUUCCUGGCAGCAGUCUUCAUAUAGCGCCAAUGAACAGCUGCCAGUAGGUGGAAAGAUUUACUAGACUACUUUACUAGACCCGAGCAAGCCCACUGAUUAAACUGCUUGUCAUCCUUAACCUCAUGCUCGGCUAUCAUUGUUUUUCCUGUUAUAGAUUUGUUAAUUUAUAUUGGGAACUGAACAGAGAGGAGUACAAUAUAUUUGGUCUGAAAUCAUAUGUGUGAUUUUAAAACAGGACGAGCGCGCAGUGCGAGUACGAUUUGAAAUCAUAAGUAUGAUUUCAGACCGAAAUUGCACCACACGACGUUCAAUUACCACUUAAUUACAGUAAUUUUGAAAUCUUAAAAUUCAAUGAGUACCAAUGCCGGGUUGUUGAAAAAUGGAAACAAAAAGCCUAUUACAUAGAUCAUUUUAUAUUUGAAACAAAAACGAUGCUAUAUAGAGCAAAAAUGGUACGAUUUAGAACAGAAAUGAAGUGAUUUAGAACAGGUGUGAUUUAGAGCAAAAAAUAGUGUGAUUCGUGAAAAAAAUCACGCUGCUGAAAGCCAAUCAUAUUGUAGGGAUCACCAUCGAUUUCAAAAGAGAUUUCAUAAAGUCUGAAAGCAUUUUUCAAACUGAAAAGAAGCUCGUCUUGAUCAGGGAAAAAUAAUAAAAACCUCAGCGUUUAUCAUUUCUAACAGGACGCCGAACGCUCUAAUUAAAAAGUAAACAGUAGUACUGGCAAUAUUCAGACGAACUAUGUUUAAUGAACCGUACUUUUGCAGUUUUCAGUCGAACACGAAAAGGGCACUAAAAUGGACUAUAAGAGGUGUCGGAUGGGGGUGGUUAGACAAAUUCUACUACAGACAUUUUCUGGGCCUUGCCAGUUUGGAAUGGAAUGAGAGUGAUUUAUCUUUGGAUUUCCGAUAGCUUGUUUACAGACGUUUUUCUUUUUUCUUCUUUAUCGAAAAUUCGUGUGCCCUUGCGGUCACUGAAUAAAUCCCCCGUGUUUUUUUGUUUCAUACGCGCGUUCUACAAACUCUAAAGAGAAAAUGGAGGUCCCGUGAACAGGCUAAAUUUCCAUCUGUUCCGGAAAAUGGGCGUUACCAUUUGAGCCUGUAAGCUUACUUUUCGACCCUUCCUUGCAAAUAGUAAGCGCUCCUCUCUUUACGCUGAUAUCUUUGCUCAUGCGUCUGUUACAUGGCAAAUGCAAUUUUUGACUUUUGAGCAUAGUGGAGAGUUUAAUAUUCGGAUGUUCUGUCUUUUAGGCAGUAUGCAUGAGUGUGACAGACGUUGGCGUGGUAUUCUCCUUUUACGCUACAGUCUAUUGUGUUCUUACACCUUUCUUUGGAUGGAUUCUUAAGAAGACCGUAAGCAAACACCACAAUUAUCUUUUAAGUGCAAGAGGUCGGUCAUAUUUGUGAUCGAUCUGGAAAGAAAAUGUAUAGAAAACCUAGCUGCAAUUGCGCAAGCUAUAGAAAACCCUAAAAUCAUUUCGACCAGAUUGCGCUGACAACUUCAGGAGAGAACCAGCUUUAAUUCAUUUAUGAAGCUACUCUUUAGUCUUAGUUCACUUUCCUUUUACCCCAAGAAAAAGGCAUCCUUUCUUGAGGUACAGUCGGAAUCUCUUUUGAGACAGUUAGAGUUGGUUCCAAGUCGCCCAAGAAAUAAGAUUGGCGGGAACAUAAUCCUUGAAAGGACCACUUAGUUUCGCCAUUAUGGACUCUUAGAAUUUCAAAUAGAUUUAAAGGGCAAAGAUACUUACAAGAAUGUUUAAUAAGAACAUGAUAAUAAUUCAUAUUGUCGCAUUAUUUUACCUCUUUUUAGCAUUGUUACCGAUUCAUGAUAACCUGUGGCCUCAUCGCCACCGGGAUCAGUUACUUGCUACUAGGACCUGUUCCAUUCAUGGCCUCGAUAGUGCCCGCAAAGUAAGCAGAAAUCACAGUUUCAAGCCUUGUUCCUUAGUUCGUAGAAAGAGUUUCCUACUCCUGCCCUUAAACGUCAUUUCGGGACUAAAAGUCUCAAACAAGUAACGAUUUUGAAUCUUUUAUCAAUAUUAGGGAACUUAAGCAGCGACGUUUUUGUGACGUGCGUCAGCGGGAAGUGGACUUUUUGCACUCUUGGGCCCGGGGGAGGGGGAGGGGGGGUACUUGGGUUAAUGUUUGCUGGGUAUGUGCCACUGGCCUCUCAGAGCCCCUACCCCGUCAUAGUCUAUUUUUUGGGCAGCUAUAGACCCCAUCUUAUCACUUUUUGGAAAAUCUAAUUUUCGCGAUCCCAACUUAGUCACUUUCUAUUUGUUUGUACAUCUACCUUUAUCAAUGUGGUUUCAAGCGGCGGAAUGUACUACGGUCAAUGCGUGCUUAUUGUUAAAUUUAAUAAACAAGAACUUUCUGAUUUUUUAACCCGAGAAUCUUCCCAUUUUGAAUCCCUACUCAGCCCAAAAAUCCGAAAAUUUGCGACCCCAUUCUAGAAACUCUAUUGAAAAUGCAACCCCAUUACAGUCAAUCCAGUCGUGAAAAUGCGACCCCAUCCGGCGGCACAUCCCUAUUAGCCUCUUGUAAGAGAGUACCCCCCUCCCCGGGCUCUUGAACCGUGACUUUGAACAAGCUUUUGGGCAAAUCGUCUCUAUAAGAGUAAAGAAACCUAACAAUACAAAUAUGGUAGAGUUAAGGCAUAUUAAAAGAGAAAAAUGCUCACUUCCGGUUGACGUGUGUCGCUAAAAAAACGUGGCUGCUUAAGUUCCCUUAUAGUCUCUCUAAACCCCAUGUUCCUAACAUAAUAAAUCAUCUUUACUAUUUGGUUAAUGGGUAUACAAAUUUACCAUACAUCUUUUCUUAUCACGAAAAGGCGUUAUUCUGUGCUAACAAGCCAUGUUAUUUCCUUUUACAGUGAGACAUGGUUUGUUUAUUUGAUCAUGGGAGCAAAUGGCGUUUUUCAGGGAGUGUUUUGGGUCACCAUGUUACCAAUUUUAAAAAGAACGAGCACGUAAGUAUUUUGCACAUUAUCUAGUAAAUAUGUACAAGGUCGAAAUCGGUUUGUUUUUUCACUGAACAAAUCGAAGUUUCCAAAAUGAAGCUAUGAUAAGAUAACUGUAAUUAGCGGAACUUCUGAAAGUUUCGUUCUACGCGAUUGUACGAUAAAAAACAGCAGUUGGUGAUCUUUCUUUUAAUUGCGUGGCUUUUUUAAAGGUUACGCAACCAAGAUUGCUCAUCUGAUUUUGUACCUAUGGUGAUAAAAUUCACAUUGUCUGAUUGCAUUUGUUUAGUUAGUUGUUGAGUAUUUGUUACUUUAUACACCGAGCCUUUCAAGAAAUACCUCUCUUGUUUUACACCAAGUCUCACUAGGAAUCUCUCUACGGUUUUAGAUUACGUGGGAUUCCCGACAACUUAGCGACAAAUGGCAUUCUAUCAGCAUUGGUUGUCACCAUGACAAAUAUAGGGUGAGUUGUUCGUUGAAAUGUCUGUUUAUUUGUUCUGGUUCUGAUGACAGGAGACAAGAAGGAAAACUGCAAUUAACCUAACGCCUUUGGAGAUUAAGGAAAAAGUCCAACUGGGGGAAAAACCAUAGGAUAGUUCGUCUUAAUUCACUCAUUGCUAAGAACGCCACUCUAAACCAAAUAUUGGGGAGGGAUACUAGCUGGAGGGUUGCUUCUUUAGGAAGAGUUUUUCGCGGGAUUUUUCCUCUAGGUUGGAUGUCGAGUAGGUCCGAGAGGUAGGAUGGUCCGAGCUUCAGGUAGCAUAGUCUAAUUGAGAUGGAUUUGGGAGUUUGUUUUGAGUUUUCUCUAACAAGACCCCAUCUUUCUGUGUUGCUUAUGUGUAAAUAUGCAAAAGGCAAUUCAUGAGGCGAAACAUUCAAAUGAUGAUUAAAGGUACUGCUGCGUUUACUAAGUAAACUUUUAAUUUAACCUAAAUAUGGAUUGGAAAAUUAUUUAACAACAAUUAAACGUGUUUAGUUGGUGUGAAAUACCAUGAUGCAUGGUGUGAGGGACUUGGCUUGCUGCCACUGACAGCACUAACAACGACGUGCCAUACAAAUCUGAGGCCGCUGAGACUGAAUUCUAAAGUCAAGGUUCCAAAGUCUGAAGUUCGAGAUCUAAAGUAUAAAGUCAGAAGUCAGAAGUCCGAGGUCUGAAUUCUGAAGUAUGAAGACUAAAGUCAGAAGUCAGAAGUCUGAGAAGUGUGAAGUUGGAAGUCCAUUCCCCGUUUUCGUAGGAAACAUAGCAACCAUAUCAUAUAGAUAACUCGACCAAUCAUAUAUAUAACUCACAAUACUUGUUUAUUUUGGAAGGUCAACUGUGACAACACAUUUUUCUGAAAUACCCUCUUAGUUGUGCACUGAAUGCUAUCCUUAUAACCAACAAUUUCCUGAUCUCCAAUUACAGAGUCACGAUAGGACCCACUCUGGCAGGGAUAAUGGAUGAGAAAUUAGGAUUUUCUUGGGCCGCAACGGUAAGAUUAGCUUGAGUGACAGGAGUCAAAAGCGGAAAGGUGUCGCAAGGACAACGAAAACGUGAAGGAAAAUUAACGCGCGAUGGAAAUUUGUUCUCUCCGUUCCUUUUGCGGUUUUCGUCUUGUCUCCCCUCCCUCCCCCUUUACGCAUGCAAGUCUUACACUACGAUAAGGUGGAUUUGCAUUAUUGAAUUAAAAAACUAAGGAGGAGAGUUUGGAGGCAAAUUUCGCAUUGAAAUGAAGGAUAAAGAAGUAUUAUUUCAGAAAGCAGUCCCAAAUCCCUUACUGAAUUCCUAAAACGAAGUCUCUGCUACAGUGGGGCAUAGUUGUUGCAGCUCCCAUGAUGCCAGAGCGACUAGAUCCCUCACUAAGUUUAAAAAUGUAAUCAAUUGCCAUAAGGAUUACAUCUUACUGGACCACAUCUCGCCUUCGACUUCGUAAAAGAAAGAGAUCUGGGUACGAGAUUAGUUUAUUAAUUUAGAUGGCCCAUUGUGACUAAUGUUUUUACCGUGUCUAUACAAGAGAGCCGAAUAAUUAAACUUGAUUAUCCUCUCUUGGUCCAUGUACUGAGUGUAUGUAUGCAUUAUGUACAAAGGGGGAACGGAGGGUGGGGGCAGGGUAUGGGAAGAGACACAGAUCUCAUAUAGACUGCUAACAUUCCCUCGGGAUUGUCCCGCAGGCGAUUGUUUGUCGUGCGAGCGAGCGAGGCAAAAGCACGCAAGAGAAGGCGGAAAGUGUGUGUUUACCUCGUUAGCUCUUUAGUUAGAAUGUUCGGCAGUACAGUCAAACAGUUUAAACAGACACCAAUGUCCAGAACCAAUUGAGCGGUGUCCGUAUAGAGGUAUAGAGAGGUUAGGGACUGUCCGUAAUAAAUGUAUCAAAUAUUGCUUUCUUCAUGGAUCUGUGCGUCUUUGCUUGACAAAAACCUAAUGUGAUGCAUUAAUAAUCUGCUUUAUCAGUUCAUAAAGUAGAUGUAGAUGUAGAUGAAACACUAAGCUUUUCGAGAUGUCAACCAAAACUAACCAUUAAUGUUUACCUCUGUUGUAGAUUGAGGGCCUUAUUUGUAUUUUCCAGGUAUUAUAUACUGUUUAUUGCUGUAAGGCUACAUAAAUCGAGUCACAAGUCCAGAAGCAAGACCUCGGUCGUCCAAUGCAAAACGCAAGACACAGAUCGUUCCAAACUACUUAAACAGAAGCAUCACUACCGAAUAUACAAUACUUUUCAACCUGAGCUUUUUUUCCUCAUAGGUCUUAUACAAAUUUUUUUAAACUUAAUUCUACAGUCCACUGCAAGUAUACCGAAAUUUGCUUUGCUUUGACCGGGUACUUACAAGCAAUUGAACUGCUAUUUUGUUUGGUUUUUAUUUUAGGCUUUUCUGUAUUUCUUGGUUAUUUUGUUUGAAAAAGUCUCGAGAAGGUGAGUCCAUUAUUUUUGUAACAGUCUACAAGAAGUUUUUUUGCCUUAAACGGGCGGCAACGGUUAAGAAAAGCCGUCUUGGUAGGGAGUGCAGGUUGAUGCAAAGGGAGUUUUCUUUCAACGUUACUUGCAUCUGUCUUGAAAUUGUUUGUUAGCGAACGCCUACUAAAUGUUAAGGUUGAUCUUUUAUAGUUCUUUCUUCAAGCAACCUAGGGUUUGCAUAGUGUAUUUUCGAUGAAAACGCGAGUGACAAGUUCAAAUCUCUAGAAUUUCUUUAAUUUUAAGUAAAGUCAUAAGAUGAUGAUCUAGAACUGGUCCUGGUUUUCGAUCAAUCUGAACUCAAGAAGCUUGGGAUCAAGAGAAGCGAUACAAAUAAAUGCACAUAAGAGAACAUUAUAAGGAGGAAAGAUGAUAGCCUUGCACAAAGAUGGAGCAAAAUUCUAGUUUUCAAUUUUCUAUUCACAGUUUUAGUUUCUUCGUAACUGCAUUUGAAUUCAUUUUGUUUCAGAUAUGAAGCUUCUCCAGAAGCAGAUAAAGAAGAUGAGGAAAAAAAGUCUCUGUUGGAACUUGAUUCCGACUAAAUACUCCAAACUGUCUGAAUCCUACCAUGUUCUAUUUAAGGCCGAUGUAGGUGGUCAAUACAAACGUCAAAGCCUAGUCAGAUGUCCUCGAAACUUAGCUACUUGGACCUAAAAUAUCGAGGAACAUUUUAAAAGUUACCACGACGUGUAUGUCAUAACGUUUCUAUGGCAAUAGACGUUAGACAGCCAUGUUUUCUAAAACUUGUCAUCAGUUUAUCAAAUUUAUGAUUAUGACUAUAUUAAAUGCAAUUAAGGCUUUUCUAGUACUAAUUUAAGAAAAACGAGAAUUUUGUAAUGAUAAAAAUUAAAGGUAUUGAGUUUAGCAACGAUGUUCAUCUCUCACUAAACUUCAUAGCUGCCACACUAUUUCCCUUUUAGAACGUUGUUCUUCAAAACAAAAAUCAAGAAUUUGAUACUGCUAUCAAAUAAUCUAUUCUGCAAAUGUUGUAAGCAUAUCAUUUUUACCAAAAUGAGUUUUCGGUAUUUUUUUUAAAUGAGAACAAGAUUUACUACAAGCUGGAAGUAAGGUCUUAUGGACUAAGAAAAAAGCGGGGCUGAUAUGCUAGCAAUAUUCUUUGCAGAAAAAAAUCUUAAUGGUCUUUUCAAUGGCGUUGAGUGCAUUUAAAACACUCUAAAGGCAAAACUGCAGAAAAAUGCUGUUAUUUGUUACAGAUGCAUGUCUGAUAGGAAGUUACAGUUGCACCUUUCAUUCCGCGCAUGACGUCAUUACUGUUUUUAAGGGAGUAAUCAAUAUUUAUCACUAGGGGGGGUCAGCCUCGUUCCCAGUCGUCCUCGGCGAUUUCGGCUGUGACGACACCUGUCAAGCUUGUCGCACUUGGUUCCAAGCCUCCUCCAGUAACUCAGAUAGCGCGAACUGGCCUGUGUACGAGGCUGCAGGGGUGUUAGAGGAUUUGGGGCCAAACAAGGUAAAAUAGGGCCGAUCUCCCUUUAAAUAUUGUUUCACUGGGGUGAUCUCCCCUCAUAACUCUUGAUUACUUACGUCAUCCCCCUAAGUUUUCGCACCAUCUUUUGACAUUUAUAUUUACUUUUAUGGGUAGGCCUGUACGAGAAACUACGGCUUUCGGGCGGCUGUUUUCUCUAUUGUUAUCCUGUAAUAAUACAUAAACAGAUGAAGAAUUAAUGAAACCAAUCAGAUGCUAUUUGAUUCGGAUUUUGAGAAGAUAGGAACGCAGGCAGUGAAGAGACUUUCCUUAGUUUCUCUAACUUUAAUUGUCUUCAUGUCAUAUUGAAUUUGAUUUCACCUGAAAUAACCAAUCGUAGUAAAGUGCUUGCUUUUCAGGGAUGCAGAAGUUUUGCAGAACAACCUCUACGUCUGAAAAGGUAUUAAAAAACGUAAUGAAAUCUCCUUGAUACGGACAACAAACGCCAUUGAUCAACUGAAGUGUCCGUAUUGUAGGUAUAGUUAUUGUAUAAAGUUAAAUACUUUUUUGAAUCAGUGUAACUGUGAGUAAAAGAGGUGUCCGUAUUUUAGAGGUAGAGAUUUUCUACAGUUUGGCAUCUUUAGGAACUUAA